AUGGACUUUGAUACCAACUACGUCAUCGCACCCGAUGAGUUCCGAAAUGAGGCCGAACGCUUCGUCACGAUCGCCUUUAUGCUCGUCAUUUUCGCGUUUUUCGCAAUGACACUGAUUGUGGCAAUUUUGGUCGGAUUACUCAAGGUUUGUUUACGCAUUAUGCCGCAAUACAAACAUGUUUUGCUAUAGAGCUUUUGAUAAUUUUCAACGGAGCGAACUUGCAGCCCCAAUGGUUCCGUCUGAAUAUCCAGCCGGACCAAGUGCCGACAAUGGCCGACUGCUCGUGCCUCAACGUGUGCUUCCCGUGCAAAUCGUGCUCGUUCCGGCGGUGUGUGAACGCUUGUUGUCCGAGAUUGGUAGGCUAUUUCGGUCAAUAAGUUUUUGUUAAUAGCAAGGUUUUUUGCAGAAUUUGAAACAACGCCUAAACUGCAUCGCAAUGUGUUGUAACCGCCCGGGACCCACUAGAAUUGAUCUUGUCUGUUGUUCGGUUUGA